GUAAGAGUGUAAAACGGGCAAGAAACGGAUUGUUAUCCGUGGGAUAUUAAGCAGCCCACUUAUUCUUCCCCCUUUCCACAAAUUCAUAACCUAAUGGUUUACCACCUAAAUUAGUUUUUGAUUUAUAAAUUACACCCUAAUUUGUUUUUGUUCAUUUUUUUGAAAAGUCAUUUCUCUUUCUUGUUAUCAUCUUCCUCCUACCAUCGUUCCCAUCGUUCAUCUCCUCUCUCGUCUCUGCAAAUCAGUUUUUUUCCUCUUCUCUUCUCAUCUCAAUUCUCACCCACCGCCGUGUCCGCUGGUUUUUGCCGGAUCUCUGUCGGAAUCCGUGUCGGAUCGUGUCGACACCGAUACUGCACCCCAAAUUGCCGAGUCCGGGUAACGAAGGUAGUGAUGCAUGUAGAUGACUCCUCACUGGCUUCUCUUUAUACAAUUUGGUUGUAGUUUGGGGGUACUUGGUCUUUCAAAAUUUUGUUCCUAUAAUGUGGUUGUAGAAGGGUAAGCUCUUUUCUCCAUUAUCAUAUACGUGGCCUUCAUUCCUGUGACUGACCCUCGCCCUUUUUCUCUCUUUACCAAAGAAAAGAAGAGCAGUUAGUAUCCAUACCUAAGGUGUUCACUAUCUAGAUUACCAUUUACAUGUGACCUAGUCUGAGUGGAUUCUGAGACAGAUGGAUUCUAGAAAAAUCCGAUCAGCGUAUGAGGGACGUUCCAUCCAGGCUCCAAGUGCGAUACGACAUGGUUCACUUGCUGGCUCAGGUCCUUCUGCUGCUCGUGGGGCUUUGGAGCCACUUCUACGACCUGAGCUUUUAGAGAACAAGAUUGCUUCUCAGGCUGCAGAAAUUGAGCAACUUGCUAGAGACAAUCACAGAUUGACAGCUAGUCAUGUCACGUUGAGGGAGGAUGUUGUGGCUGCUCGUCAUGAAGCACAGAAACUCAAGGAACACAUUAGAAGCAUCCAGAAUGAGAGCGAUAUUCAGAUCAGGGUUCUGCAGGAAAAGAUUGCAAAAAUGGAACCGGAUAUUCGGGUUGGUGAGAGUGUUAAAAAGGAGUUGCAACAGGCACUUAUUGAGGCACAAAAUUUAGUCAAAGUGAGACAAGAGUUAAUUGCCCAAAUUCAACAGGCCUCGCAGGAGUUGGUAAAAACUCGUUCUGAUGUUAAGUGUCUGCCGGAGUUACAUGCUGAACUUGAAGAUUUGAGGAAAGAGCACCACAGAUUACGCGUUACAUUUCAGCAUGAAAAAGAGUCAAACAUAGAGCAGGUGGAGCAAAUGCAAGCUAUGGAGAAGAAUCUAAUCCGGAUGGCAAAAGAAGUUGAAAAGCUACGCGCUGAAGUCUUGAGUGCUGAGAAGAAAAUGAAUGGAAUGGUACCAUAUGCUGGUGGCUACAUGAAUCCUGAUCCUUCAUAUGCACCACCUUUUCAAGGUGGCACCACCUAUUUUGAUGGCUACAGUCGGCCUGUAAUGCAGACAGGUCUUGGGCCAGUAGAGGGCCUAAUCCCUUAUGGUAAUAGUACCAAUGUUCCAGCUGCUAUUGCUGCAACCGGUAGUCAAACUGUCCCUAGCUCAGUUUGGGGAGCACCCUACGAUCCAUCACUUGCUCAGAGGUAAACUAGGCGAAGCUGCCUUGAAAGCCUCACCUUGACCCUGGAUUGUUAGCUUUAUGCUGUUAAAGAUAUCAGCAGUUAAUAAAGCACCACAGAUUACAAUAUGGGCAUCCCAUAUUUUACCCUCAAAUUAGCAACUCGGUAUCCAUUGCACGCUAAACUGUUCAAUUGAAACUAUGUAUGCUUUUAGAAUACAGAAAGGUGAAAGAACUAGGUCUUCCUUGCGUUUGAAGCAAUUACAAGAUGAAUGGCAUAUUAGUCCCCAACUUUUGCGCCUGUAAAUAUGAUUUCUGGAUAUAAUAUUUAAUAAUUCCAAGUAUUUUGUUUUAUAUUCUCAAA